AUGAUUCAAGAACUCCAAAAGGAUAUUCCUUCUCGGGAAGAUAGAUUGAAUUUCAACAAGGUAGUGAAAGAUGGGAAAAAGAGCAACUCAAUAAACUCGUGGGAGCUUUCUAUGGUGGUUAAAGUUCUUGGAAGAAGCAUGAGAUACAAAGCUUUAUGCAUUAGACCGGGAACCAUAUGGAAUGCUCGUCGAGCCAUUCGGAGUUAUCGACAUAGAGAAUGA